CUGUCAAAGCAGGAUCAACCAACCUGUGCGCCCUUUGCUACAACUUGUUACUUUCCAUUGGCCUACACGAGUCGCUAAAGGGAUCACAUCAUUCACUGGGAACUGAAUUUACACCCUCCUCAAAAUGGAGUUUGCCAUGAUAGGUUCAGAUAAUGGAUGCAAAACUCGACUGCCUUACGGGUAUGCUCGCGCACGGGAAAGGGAGCACGAAAGGGAGAGACAGGUACAACAGGCAACAGCCGCUGCUGAAGGUGCAGCAAUUGGAGAGGGAGGGGAGUCCUCUGGCCAUCUCCUUAACAACCACCAGCAGCAUCAGUCUCGCACCGCCUCCUCAUCAAAUGCCAACAACAGUAGCGGCAGUACCGUCUCGCGCCCCUCCUCCUCGCAACAGCCACAGCAGCACCACCAUGAGUCUGAGCAGCAGGUUCUCAGAGAAAGGAAAAAGCAACGCGGCGUAGGACGUUGGAGAAGGAGUCGCCAGACUCUCGGUGGGGACUUGCGCCACUCGGAGUUGGCGCUACUUGGAUCCGAGGAGGAUAUGAUAGAGGAGGACGAGGCGGAAGGCGGAGAAGAGGAGGACGGGGGAAGCAAGAGUUCCAGUUUUCUCUGUAAUAUGGAUGAUGAAGAGACUGUCUCACUCACAGAUAGACGUCCCCAAUCAGGAUACGAACAUGUUUACAGUGAGUAUGGGUGCUGUGAAAGAGUUGUUAUUAAUGUGUCCGGACUAAAGUUUGAAACUCAACUUAAGACUCUCACACAGUUUCCUGACACACUUUUGGGAGACCCGGACAAACGAAUCAGGUACUUCGACCCUCUAAGGAACGAAUAUUUUUUUGACAGGAACCGACCAAGCUUCGAUGCCAUUCUUUAUUAUUACCAGUCGGGGGGACGAUUGAAGAGACCGCAAAAUGUACCUUUUGACAUCUUCUCUGAGGAGGUGAAAUUCUAUGAACUUGGGGAGGAGGCAAUGCUGAAGUUUCGGGAGGAUGAGGGUUUUGUCAAAGAGGAAGAGAAACCCUUACCAGAGGACGAGUUCAAACGCCAAGUUUGGCUUCUUUUUGAAUACCCAGAGAGCUCACAACCUGCGAGAGGGAUUGCAGUCGUGUCCGUUUUAGUCAUUGUUAUAUCAAUAGUCAUUUUCUGUAUGGAAACGUUGCCAGAGUUCAGGGACGAAAAAGAAUACCUUAAACCACGAGAUAAUUCGACAGAACCCCAUGGACAGACCCCUUUUAACGACCCAUUUUUCAUUGUGGAGACGGUAUGCAUUAUUUGGUUUUCAUUUGAGAUUAUUGUGCGCUUCUUUGCAAGUCCAAGUAAAACGGAUUUCUUUAAAAACAUUAUGAAUACUAUAGACAUUGUAUCCAUUUUGCCUUAUUUCAUCACGCUCGGCACAGAUCUUGCUCAACAGCAAGGCAAAGGGGACCAGGCAAUGAGUUUUGCAAUCUUGAGAAUAAUCCGCCUUGUCAGAGUCUUUCGCAUAUUUAAACUCUCCAGGCACUCCAAAGGACUGCAGAUCCUCGGACAUACCCUCCGCGCCAGUAUGAGGGAACUAGCGCUUCUGAUUUUCUUCCUCGUUAUUGGUGUCAUUUUGUUCUCAAGUGCAGUGUACUUCGCCGAGGCAGACGAACCCGCGUCUCAAUUCACAAGUAUUCCCGACGCUUUUUGGUGGGCUGUCGUCACUAUGACCACGGUCGGAUAUGGAGACAUGAAACCAAUAACUGUCGGUGGGAAGAUAGUUGGCUCGCUCUGUGCCAUAGCGGGUGUGUUAACCAUAGCUCUUCCAGUGCCCGUCAUUGUAUCCAACUUCAAUUACUUCUACCACAGGGAGACUGAUAAUGAAGCAGACUCGCCACCGGUUGUUGAAACCCCACCACCUGCCUGCCCCUAUUUCCCCAACUUUCUAAAAAAAUGUAAAGGUUCCCCCUCAGGCUCUUCGCUGGGUGAUAAAGCGGAGUACAUGGAGAUGGAAGAGGGGGUAACGGAGUCGCUGUGUGGGGUGGACAAAAGCCCGAGUAAAGGAAAUGGGACAGACAUUGGCAGGAAAAACAGUACAUGUUCAAAGUCACAACAGACUGAUGUGUGAUGACAAAAACAAAUAUUAUUCCCGUGAAGAAAGAUAUGCUGUCAAAUCACACACACAUAGGUGGUCAGACUCAUACAAGUGCGCACUUGCGCGCAUACACGCACGCACACACAUACACACACGCACACAGACAGACAGACGCACACAGACAGACGCACACAUACUUUAUAUUUAGCUAGAUUUUGGGAAGUUCAAAUAUGGGGUUUUAUUUUGCCAUGUUAGAGGAAUAUAGGCCUACGGGAAAAUAUACGUCCAAAUCAAAAGCUUUAUAACUAUUAUCGCCAAUGUAAUCCGAUGAUAUCAGAUAUAGGCUACCUAUCUGGGCCUCGUAAUCCUACAAAUGAAAUCGAAAAUAUUGAAUAGACAGGCUAUGCAUACGCACUUUAUGAGUUUCAUUUGUCAAUAAUGGAAGGGGAGAUAUAGAUGUCGUUUUGCUGUUAUGCGAUAAAGGCAACGUUUAUAGUAGGCCUAGUUUGCACUAUUGUAAAAGCUUGUUUGAGUCGCUGACUUUCAAGAGAGAUAGACUUGGAAGUUAUGUUGAGAGACAGAAACUGUAGGCCAUAUGGCAACCUAUACACCCUUCGUUUGACUAAAGAGUAUUGAGAUAUUUUAUUUUAUUAUGAACAAUAAUCCAUUUUUAUUGUGUUUCAGUGUAGGUCUAACCCAUCUGUGUACACACAAAAAAAUGAACAUUCAAUAUCGAUCGGAAACAUUGAAAUAGCUCAAUCAUGUGUGAGAUUCUUGAGUAAAUGAGCAUGAUACCUAUUUCGGCAGCACACUGCGGUCAACAAGUGAGCCGCUUGGCAAACAACAUUCUCUGCAACGCUUAGGCCUAAAUAAAGCCUUUUAUUGACCAACCACCGAGGUGAAGCACAAGAAUUACAAGAGAUACUCUGCAGACUGACAUGAGAAAUUGCUCCACACGGGAUGUUACGGGAGGUCCUGCACGGAUAUCUUGCGCGACUACAACCCCGUCCCUUUAAAACCACCUCAAACUAACUGACAAUAUCCCUUUACACGGACGUUGACUGAAACCAACAUGGGAAACAAACGACUGUCAUCAUGGAAACUUUGGGUUUGUGAACUUUAUCUCUUGUUCGCUGGACCUAGUGCACGGUUCUCUAAUAUAAGAAAGAAAGGAAGGUCUGUUGGUCAUCCCAGAAAGCACCAAGAUCUCCAGCAGGCGGUUAUUUUCAAGUGCUAUCAGUUGAUGGCUUAGGAGAGGAUGUGCUGGGCUGGUACUCUUGGAAUUGGCAGAGAAAGAGCAAAUAUUAUGACUGGUCAUCUGGGGUGAGACAACGGACAUCGAUAACCACAGAUCUACUGCAAGAGUGAACCCAGCGAUCGGACAUCAGAAGUUUGAAUGGACAAAUUAGACAUUGGGAUAUUAUACGGAGCGCACAAGGAACAAAAAUAUUUCCUAGAAAGCCUGGAGGCAUGGAAAUGAGUAAGUCAUGGCCCAAAUGAUUGCCUUAAUUAUUACAUAUAUACCUAUAUAUGAAGUGAUGAAACUAGAGACUUAUCCGAGUUCAAAUAUGUUUUUCUUUAUGUGUGAAACAGUGUCUUGUAAGGAACAGAUGUGAAUAUUUUAAUAAGAUAGAGAAAAAUUGUUUGGUUGUAAUGUUGACAAUGUUUUAGUUGGGUCUGCUUUGUAGUUGUCAUUGAUAACCAAAUGGUGGAGUUCCUCUCUGCUUACGUGCAGCAAGCAGAAUGAGUUGAUCUAUUUUUAUCUUGUUUCGUAUUGUCAACCAAAAUAAGGCUGGCUUGAGGCGGAGCUGCUCGCUCAGCUACCAGCUACAAUGUCUUUCAAUUCACAACAUCAUGUUAUGACAACUAUAUUACAAUCCAGAAAGGAGUAGGGAGUCAAAAAACGAGACAAAAUGACUCUACAAUAUACAUGUAACAUAUCUGAUUAUUUUUGUCCUCUUUUUUUUCACAUACUGUAAGCAUCUGUUCACACACUCUCAAACACAAAAGAUGUCAGGUGCGCAUACACACACACAAACACACAGAAUGAUCUACCGAAGGGACACAAAAGGGUUUUCCCUAAGAUGCAAAUUUUAUUAUGUUAGUGAUAUAAUUGACCAGCUGCUUUGUUGACACAAACCUCGAUCCAUUUAAAGUUAACUGUAUGCAAAGUAACAUGGAUGUGUGUUAUAUAUUUUUUUAAACCUAGCCUUGACUAUUACUUAACCAAAGUUUAAACCCUGAUUUUAUUGUACGUGGUGUACACUUCCUCUGGAGAUGUUAUGAAAAUAGAUACACAUUGAAUAGAACAUAUGCCGAUGUUUAUAUUUCUGUGUCCAACAAUGUGUCGCAAAUCAUGACAUUUGAGACAAUUCUACUUAGUUUGACUGUUAAGAAUGUUCAUAUCUUCAGAAGACAUGUUCCAUUUUUAUUUACAUGAACAUUGAACAUGUUGUGGAUGCUGCUCCAACAAGAUCCGUAAUUUUGCUCUUCAAUUUAGAUUUGAGAUUUUUCAAUUGAGUUUCUUAUUGUGCUGUUCUCAUAUAACUGCUCGUAGAAAAUCCGCCCGCUCUCUUUUGGUCUGCUUUCAAAGACACAUAGUUGUUAUGCACUGCUUGCUUGUUGCAACUUUGUCAGACAAAUCAAGUGUUUGCUUUUUUAAAACAUAAAUGCCAGCUUAUGUUUAAGCCCAUCCUUCUUACGUUCAGUCACCAGCCAAGAACUUAGUAAUUCUCGCUCCUGGGCGUGCUGUCUAUUAUUGUGAUGUCGGCCCAUGAUGACCGUGCUUCAGGGCACCAACAACACCAGAGUCCUUUAUUCUUUUUAUGUUAUUGAAAGGGGUGGAACCUAAUAUUAUGUACAGUAUUAUUGACAUAGACAAUGGACUGCAUUUCUAUUCUCUUCCAUAAAAAGAAAACAUACAUA